AGCACUAAGAGCUUUGCCCCGCCUGUGGCAUUGUACUAGGGUGCUUAUCUCACAUACACCACUCAACCUCAGUUCACUUCAAGCACAGUCCUUGAUCUCACUCAGCUGCAGAGAUGAAUAACCAAGGAGCAACCUAUGCAGAACUGAAGGGAGUCAAGAACUCAAAGAGGCAGAAAAGAAAACCUAGGGUUUCUAAAAGUUCUGUUUCAAUGACUGAGCAGGAAUUAACAUAUAUAGAAUUAAAUCUUCAAAAUGCUUCUCAGAAUCUUCAUGGGAAUGACAAGAUUCACCACUCCAAAGGUUCACCGUCACCUCCAGAGAAGUUCAUUGCUGGGAUCCUGGGAAUCAUCUGCCUCGUCUUGAUGUCCACUGUGGUGACAGUGAUCGUUGUCACUCCCUGGUUUUUGAAAAACUGUAAGGGAACUUAUCACUUUACUGAUGCUACUGUAAUACGGGAACAGAAUUACUCCUCUCUCAUAACAAGGCUCCAGAAAGAAUGUCAUUGUGGUCAUUGUCCACAAGACUGGCUUACAUAUUCCAACAACUGCUAUUAUACUAGUUUGGAAAAAAAAUCAUGGAAUGAGAGUUUGAUAGCCUGUGCUACUAAGAAUUCUACUCUGCUUUAUAUAGAUAAUGAAGAGGAAAUGAAAUUUCUGAUGUCCCUAUCGAUUGUUUCGUGGAUUCAAGUCUCUCGUGAAGGCCGCGGUCGUCCUUGGAAGUGGCUAAAUGGUUCAACUUGCAAUCUACAGAUAGCAGACAAAUUACCUGGUGAACGUAACUGUGCUGUACAAGCUUUAUGGGAAAUAAGAGCAGAAGACUGUCAGUUUACAAAUGCAUAUCAUUGCAAGCAUAAGCUUGAGAAUUAAAAUAUGAGUUUGGAUGCUGGUGGGUAACUUGAGUUUUAAUGAAAUGGAAAUAAUAUACUGACUGCAUAAAUUUUAAAACGAAUUAUAUUAUUUUUACUGAUAAUGAAUGUUUUUCAAAAACAGUUGAAAUAUAAUUGUGUG